CUGGAUGUGGGUGACCCGGAAACGGAACUCUCCAGCGGGGCAGCAGCGCCCACUGUAUCCCUGUCGCCCCUGUUAGAGGGGGCCGAUGACGGGGUGGAUGAUGCGGAUCCGGUCGAUUCUAACGACCCCCAGGUAACCGCAGAACUCUGGGAAAGGCUGGCCCGCCGCGGCUACCCGCGCCCGAUGAGCGUGGAGGAGGCCGCUGGUCUGCUGGAACGCGCCGGAGACGAGCGGUUCCGGCGCAAGGCUGCCGUGCUGGGCCGCUUCGCAUCGGAACAGGGGCCGGAGCAGGCGCUCUAUGAAGCGCUGCUUGAGGCUCUCGGCUACCGUUAUAACCAGCAGCCCUUUGUAAAGCUGGCCCACGCGGCCCCCGUGGCUGCCCUGCGCCGGGCGGCGCUGCCGGUGCUGGCACAGCAGCGCCCGAUGGUGCUGCGCCACUGGCUGCUUGCCGUAUCGGGGCUAGCGGAUGCCGGACCGGCAGCGCCGCCGCGUCUUCCCGAGGGACUGGGCCCCGCAAUGGAAAGGAAAGAGUGGCACCUGUUUCGGGUGCGGCCGUCCAAUCACCCCGCGCUGCGAAUCAAUGGUGCGGCGCAACUGGUGGCCCGUUUCCUGGAUGGAGGCCUCCUGUCCGGCUUGGCCAGUUCCUCCGUUGCUCCGAGACAACUCGUCGUCGCCCUGACUGUAGAUGGGCAGGACGGCGGGACCGCCGCCAUCGGCGCGGGCCGGGCGCGGGACCUGGCGGUCAACGUCGUGCUGCCGAUGCUGCACAGCCUGGCGGGAGGCGAGGACUCGCCGCACAUGGACACCUACCGUCGCUUUCCCAAGCUGCAGGGCAACGAGGUCCUGGGGGAGAUGGUGAGGCAAUUGCUGCUGGAGGAAUGGCGGCCAGCUGUCAACUCCGCGCGCCGCCAGCAGGGGCUGCUCCACCUGGCCGCCCUGUUGCGGGGCGGCGGGUAG